UUUGGCAGCAAAGCAAUGCAAACAAAAGCAAAGGCAGUGAUAGAUAAUUUUGUUAAAAAACAAGAAGAUGACUAUUCAGAAUGUGGAGUUGAUGUUGUUGAGUUCCAACCUUCUGUUAGAAAAGGUCAAAGCACUGAUGACAUCGUUGUUACAGGAGAUCGGACAUUGAUAGAUUGGGAUCAAAUUAGAGAGGAAGGUUCAAAAUGGCAAAAGAAAAAAUGGGCAGAUUUACCACCAAUUAAGAAAAACUUUUACAACCAGUCAGUAACAACAGGGUCGAUGUCAAAAGUACAAGUCGACAACUGGAGGAAGGAAAAUUUUAAUAUAAUGUGUGAUGACUUGAAGGAGGAUGAGAAACGUCCUGUCCCCAACCCUACUUGCACGUUUGGUGAUGCCUUUCAGUGUUAUCCUGAGGUUAUGGAAAACAUUAAAAAGGCAGGUUUUCAAAAACCAACACCCAUUCAGGCGCAGGCAUGGCCAAUAGUACUGCAAGGAAUAGAUCUUAUAGGAGUGGCCCAGACUGGCACAGGGAAGACGUUGUGCUAUUUGAUGCCCGGGUUUAUUCACCUGAACUUUCAGCCAACGGGUAAAGAAAAAAGGAAUAGGCCUGGCAUGUUAGUCCUUACACCUACUCGGGAAUUAGCGCUUCAAGUGCAAGGUGAAUGUUCUAAGUAUUCCUGUGGAGGUCUUAGAAGUGUUUGUGUAUAUGGUGGUGGAGAUAGAGACAAACAAAUCGAAGAUCUAAGAAAAGGUGUAGAUGUCAUUAUUGCAACUCCUGGAAGAUUGAACGAUCUGCAAAUGAAUCAUUGUGUCAACCUGAAGAGCAUAACCUACUUGGUUUUGGAUGAAGCAGAUAAGAUGCUGGACAUGGGGUUUGAACCUCAGAUAAUGAAGAUUUUGUUAGAUGUGCGCCCAGAUAGGCAGACUGUUAUGACAAGUGCAACUUGGCCAUAUUCUGUUCGUCGACUUGCACAGUCAUACUUGAAAGAACCGAUGAUUGUCUAUGUUGGCACUCUGGAUAUAGUUGCUGUAAGUUCAGUGAAGCAAAAUAUAAUCGUCACCACAGAGGAAGAAAAACGAACUCAUAUCCAAACUUUUCUAGAAAGUAUUUCACCCGGAGACAAAGUUAUUGUCUUUGUUUGCCGAAAGACCCUUGUGGACCACUUAUCAAGCGAUCUGAUUCUUGGAAAUAUACCAGUAGAAUCUCUGCAUGGUGAUAGAGAACAGAGAGAUCGGGAAAGAACAUUAGAGAACUUUAAAGCAGGGAAAGCAAGAAUAUUAAUUGCAACUGACUUGGCAUCCCGUGGUCUUGAUGUCCAUGAUAUUACACACGUCUAUAAUUAUGAUUUUCCACGGAACAUUGAAGAAUAUGUGCACCGAAUAGGGCGCACCGGACGCGCAGGGAGGACUGGAGAGUCGAUUACACUUAUCACCAGGAAUGACUGGAGGGUUGCCCCUGAACUGAUCAGCAUCCUGGAAAGAGCAAAUCAGAGUAUCCCAGAGGAGCUUGUGUCAAUGGCUGAGAGAUAUAAGGGACAUCAACAUAAAAAAGAAAUGGAAAGAAAAAUGGGAAGACCUCAAGGAAAGCCCAGGAAGUCUUAUUAG